CAUCAGACGGCCGCGGCUUGCUGCUAUUGCAGCAGGAGCAAUAGGAAUAGUCACUGGUCCGCGGGUAGUAAAAGGAGGGGAAUGGCUUGAAAUGAAACAAAAAAAGCAGAGAUGAUAAGUAUAUGACAGUUCUUGUUGCAAAUUGCUGCAGUGCUCUUUUUAUAGGUGUAGUGUAUUCUUUUUCGGAUUGACUAAACUGGGCAACCGAGCCUCAUGUCACAUGUGCUUCAUAGGAAGAAGCUGGGCAUCUGCAAGCUGGAUCUGGAGGAGGAUGCUGCGGCAAAUGAUACACAGAGGGCUCAAAGCUUCUUUCUACUGGCUGGGCUUAUUUGUUAGUAGGCAUCCGGUUUUUUUCCUCACCGUUCCCGCAGUCUUAACCAUCAUUUUCGGAUCUACCGUCCUGAGCAGAUUCAAGCCCGAAACGGACAUCGAGAUACUGGUUGCCCCGACACACAGCUUUGCUAAAGUAGAGCGGAGUCUUGCGAACAGCCUUUUCCCCAUCGACCAGUCAAAAAACAAGCUGUAUUCCGACCUGCACACCCCCGGCAGAUAUGGCAGACUGAUUCUGCUGGCCAAGUCUGGGGGAAAUAUACUGGAGCUCGCCGACCAGGUCCUGCAGGUUCACAAGCAGGUGUUGGAUUUGCGGGUUAAUUACAAGGGAUUCAAUUACACUUUCGCUCAUCUCUGUGUCCUGAGCCAUCAGGAUAAGCGAUGCCUCUUGGAUGAUAUAAUUACGAUAUUCGAAGAUAUCCGCUUAGCCAUUCUAUCGAAUCACACUUUUUCAAAGGUGCCCGUGACCUAUCCAAAUACCACAUUAAAGGAUGGUCGUGUGUCCUUCAUCGGCCACCAGCUGGGUGGAGUGGCCUUCUCGCCCAACAGCCGAGACCAGCAGGUGAAGUUUGCCCGGGCCAUCCAGAUCACCUACUACCUUCGCAACCAUGGCCCCGUGGUGCAGGAUGUCAUCGCAGAGAAGUGGGAGAAUGCCUUCUGCACCCUCAUCACACGCCUGUCCACGCUCAGCGAGGACCUGCACAUCCAGUCUCUCACCUCCUUCAGCCUGUGGAGGGACUUCCACCAGACGGGAGUGCUGGCCAAAGGGGAGGUGCUGGUCAGCCUAGUGCUCCUUCUGCUGGCGGCCACUAUCUCCAGCUCAAUGAGGGACUGCCUGAGGGGAAAGCCCUUCCUGGGUCUGCUGGGUGUGCUCACAAUAGCCAUCGCCAACGUGACCUCCACUGGCAUCUUCUUCAUCUCCGACGGGAAGUUUAACUCCACGCUGCUGGGGAUCCCAUUCUUCUCCAUGGGUCAUGGAACCAAAGGAGUGUUUGAGCUCCUGGCGGGCUGGCGAAGAACUCGAGAAAGCCUUCCCUUCAAGGAACGCGUGGCAGACGCCUUCGCCGACGUGAUGGUGUGCUAUACCAUGACCAGUUCCCUCUACAUCAUCACCUUCGGCAUGGGUGCCAGUCCCUUCACCAACAUUGAGUCGGUGAAGAUCUUCUGCCAGAGCAUGUGCGUGGCCGUCCUGGUCAACUACUUCUAUGUGUUCUCCUUCUACGGUUCCUGCUUGGUGUUCGCUGGUCAGCUGGAGCAGAACCGCUACCACAGUGUGUUCUGCUGUAAGAUCCCCUCAGUGGAGUACCUGGACCGUCAGCCCACCUGGUUCAAGACCAUGAUGAGCGACGGCCAUGACCAUGUCACGCACCACGAGGUCGUGCCCUACCACAACCACUUCAUCCAGCACUUCCUGAGGGAGCAUUACACGGAGUGGAUCACCAACACCUAUGUCAAGCCCUUCGUGGUCAUCCUCUACCUGAUCUACGCCUCCUUCUCCUUCAUGGGAUGUUUACAAAUCAGUGAUGGAUCCAACAUCGUCAACCUCCUAGCCAGCAACACGCCCAGUGUGUCCUAUGCCACGACCCAGCAGAAGUACUUCAGUAACUACAGCCCUGUGAUCGGCUUCUACAUCUAUGAGCCCAUUGAGUACUGGAACUCCACGGUGCAGGAGCACCUCACAACGCUGAGCCACGGCUUCAACAAGAUCUCCUGGAUGGAUAACUACUUUCAGUAUCUGAAGGUGGUGAAUGUGAGCGCCUCGACCAAAAGUGAUUUCAUCACCAUCCUGCAGGGCUCCUUCCUGCGCAGCCCGGAGUAUCAGCACUUCAUGGAGGACAUCAUUCUGUCCAAGACAGAUGGGGAUGAAAUGGAGAUCAUCGCGUCCAGGAUGUACCUGGUGGCGCGGACCACAGAGAAGACACGGGAGGAGGUGGUAGAACUGCUGGAGAGGCUCCGCCCCCUUUCGCUCAUCAACAAUAUCAAGUUCAUCGUCUUCAACCCCACCUUCGUCUACAUGGACCGUUACAGCUCCUCUGUGGUCUCACCCAUCCUCACAUCGGCCUUCAGCGUGCUCACCAUCCUCAUCCUCACCUUCUUCCUGGUCAUCAACCCUCUGGGGAACUUCUGGUUGAUCCUGACCGUCACCUCCGUAGAGCUGGGGGUCCUGGGCCUCAUGACCCUCUGGAAUGUACACAUGGACAGCAUCUCUAUCCUGUGCCUUAUUUAUACUCUCAACUUUGCCAUGGAUCACUGUGCACCCCACCUGUACACCUUCGUACUGGCCACGGAGCACACCAGGACCCAGUGCAUUAAGAUCUCGUUAGAGGAGCACGGGGCGGCCAUUUUGCAAAACGCCUGCUGUUUCGUUAUCGGGAUGUUGCCCUUGGUGUUUGUGCCUUCCAAUCUGACCUACACGCUGUUCAAGUGCUCCCUCCUCACCGCAGGCUGCACAGUGCUGCACUGUUUCGUCAUCCUGCCUGUGUUUCUAACGUUUUUUCCCCCAUCAAAAAAAAGGCACAAGAAGAAAAAACGGGCAAAACGGAAAGAGCGGGAGAGGGAGCGGGAGAUGAUGGAGAGGGAGAGAGUGAGGGAGAGGGAGGAGAUAGAGUGCAUUGAAGUCAGGGAGAACCCUGAUCAUGUGACUAACGUCUGAGAAGCCGUGUGUCGGUGAGCGGUAGCGGGACAGUCUUCAGUGAUUGUUGGGUGAGGUGUUGGAAGCAUGUCCUAAAGCGAGGGUGGCCAUGUGUUGUAGCCCCUCAGAGAGCCAGAGGGGUCAAAAGCUGACCAGUCCUCAGAAGGAGGAGGGAGGGAGAUAUAGACCAGCAGCCAUGACCCAGCUAGGCAGCCAGCAGCCAUGCUGUCUAGAGUAGAGACCAGACCGGGUCAGACCCAUAGAUCAGCUACUCCUUCAGACUGGAUGGGACAGUGUAUCUUAUCUGCACAGUCUGCAAACGGUUCCCUCUGCUGUUCAUACAGACACUCUCACACAACCAGGAAGAAACUACAAUAUCAUACAUUUACUUACAGUGUAAUGUGUAAGGGGAUAAUAUAUCUUAUUCUAACAAUUGUAAAUCUACAGUAUCGUGAGGAAAGUAUGGUAGCAUAAAAAUGAGAGCAAUGCGUACCUCCAAGGUUGGUGGUCAAAGUUAUCUAAAUUGUUUUCUACAAUUUGUCAUAUUAAAUCUUUUUAUCAUCUACACAGGCUUAUACUACCCCCAUCACAAAGACCCCAUUAUAGUAUGAUUAGUAUGACAGGCAGACAGACAGACAGACAGGCAGGCAGACAGACAGACAGACAGACAGACAGACAGACAGACAGAC